AAAGCCUGACCAAAAACGGCCCACCGCGCUUAUUUGGUGUUGCGCUUUUCCGUGGUCCGGUACUGUCGACCCGGGGACGGCUCUUUUUGGACGGAUUCACGGGUCACUUUUCCUCGCCGAGCGUGGUGCUUCUUCGGCCUGCACAUCGGCGUGAGCGGCGGUAUAAAAUACUCGCACAGUCGCAAAUGCACUAUCAUUAGCUUGCUGCCAUUUGUUUAAUCAACACGCACUGAAUUAAUUUCCGAAUCCGAGCCUUCGACUUGGCAUAAGUCCUCCGGCCAAAGGUGCGACCUCGAAGAAAAGUGGGGGAGUGCAGAAGAAGAAUACCAAACAGUGAAAAGUGAACAUGAAAUCGAUCACGUGCCUAGCGGUGUUGAGCGCCGCCGCCCUGUUCGGCGCCGUGUCCUGUGCAUCGAUUGCCUCGAAUCUGGUGGUCGACGCCACACCCAGGAUCGCCACCAGCGAGCAGCUGUUGUCGUCGAUUGUGAACGAGUGCUUCGCGGAUGAUUCGGUGAUGAACUGCCUCAAGGGUAAGGUGUUGAUCUACCUGGAUGGGGUGCUGGGCCUUCAGGAGGAGCAGGCCCGCGCCUUCGAGGAGCACAACGUGGACAAGGUGAUCUUCGACCGGGUGGCACGCAUUCUGGCCACCCACGAGUUCAAGAUGCAACUGCCGGAGGAUGCCGUCGUUACCUAUCGCGCCGAUAAGGGCGUUAACCUGGACGUUGUGCCUGCUGGGCUUGCCACCGAAUCGCGUGGUCAUUUACUGAAGAAGAAACUCCUGCUUCCAGUCCUGCUGCUGCUGAAGCUGAAGAUGAAAGCCCUGAUGCCGAUCUUGGUCGCCCUGAUCGGACUGAAGGCCAUGAAGGCUCUGAUCUUGUCCAAGCUGGCUAUCACACUGGUGCUCGGAUUCCUCGUCGCGCAGCUGGUUAAGAAGUCCGGCCUUGGCAUGCCCAUGAUGUCGAUGAUGCCCAUGAUGCCACCAGCAGCCGAAUACGGUGCCCCUGCUCCGGCCACUACCGAAUCACCAUCCAGCAGCUAUGGUGCUCCCUCCUGGGAAUCGCAAUCCGGUGGACCGUACUCCCGCGUCUGGGAACCAUCCACGUCGUCCUCGUCGCACAACUUGGCCUACAGCUCUUACUACCCGAGCGGUUCCAGCAGCUCGUACAGCUCGACGGCCUAUAACUCUGGAUCCAGCACCAGCGCCAGCUCGUCGCCAUCAUCGUCCUCCUCUUCGUCUUCUUCCUCGUCAAACUCGGCUCACGCUUACUAAGCCGGCCAUCGCCCAAUCAUACCAAAAACAGAAACCAUGCAUCUUGGAUAAGUAGUCAAUUUGAACAAAUGUACAGAUGAAAGGAAACUUAAGCCAAAAAUUUAACAAAGCAAAACAAAAAAGGAAACAUUUUUUAAAAGUAGAUAGGAAAAGUUCCAAAAAAUCUCAACGACAUCUUGAAAUCAAGUCACGCGGUGGCGGUUAACCUUGCCGAUUGGAUGACUCCAAUCGAAGCCGAGGGAUGACUGCAAGCCGACGGAAAACGACAAAUCAAAACUGGACAGUAAACAACCCUGAUUCUUGUUAAUGUUAAUUAUUUAUUUUCGCUCAGCUCACGUUAUUUAUUUGUCUCGCUCGAGAAUGUAUUUAAAUAAACGAAAUAUUUCAAACGA